AUUGAUUUCAAUUGAACGCAUGCGAACAAAAAACAAAAUUCGAAGAGAAGUUGAUUACAGAGAUGGCAACUAGAUAAUUUAAUGUGCACUAUGAACAAAUCAUAGUAUUAUCUACCUAGUAUGUAAAUUAAAGAGGUGUUGACGAUGUUUGCGACGAGCAGUCAGUUUAAACACUGGAUGUUCAGUAAUGAGGCAGAGCUUCAGUCCCUCAGACAGGAGGCUAACGAGAGAUACUUAGAGGAGUAUGGGGCCAAAAUGUCGCCGGAUCAGAGGAAAGCCUAUUUUUUGACACCCUCUGAGGAGAGACAUCUUUGCCGCCAUUUUGAAUACGUCCUUAAGGAGUUCUGUAGUCGGUUCCAGCCUCCUAUGCCUAAAUAUGUCUUGGGUACCGCUCUUUGUUAUUUCAAGCGAUUCUACAUCAACUGCUCAGCUAUGGACUAUCAUCCUAAGGAUGUCAUGUUGACCUGUGUGUACCUGGCCAGUAAAGUUGAAGAGUUCAAUGUGUCAAUCAAUCUGUUUGUGGGGAACCUAAAGGGGGACCGGGAAAAGUUCGCCAACAUCAUCCUGACCUUUGAACUCUUGUUGAUGGACAAACUCAACUACCACUUGCUGGUUCAUAAUCCCUACCGACCUUUGGAGGGGCUAUUUAUAGAUCUCAAGACCCGAUUCCGAGUCCUGGAGAAUCCAGAGAAGCUGCGUAAAGGAGCGGAGGAUUUCCUGGAGAAAUCUCUGAUGACGGACGUUUGUUUGUUGUUUGCUCCUUCUCAGAUUGCCUUAACUGCUGUCUUAGUCAGUGCAGCUAAAGAGAAGGCCAACUUGGACAGGUACGUCACUGAAACAUUGCUGAAAGGCAUGUCAUCUGAAGAGAUCAAGAAACUACAGGUACAGAUCAAAAAGUUAAGACACAUGGUGAAGUCUCAGGAACAGAUACCACGGGAACAAAUGGCUCAGCUACAGAGAAAACUGGACCAGUGUCGAAACCAGGAAAAUAACCCAGAAAGUGAAGUGUAUAAAAGAAAACUACAGGAAAUGCUGGAUGAAGAUGAGGAAAUUCAGACUAAGAAGAGAAAGAAAAUAAGUGAAGAACAGAGAAAGAGAGAUGAAGAACUACUGUCAUGAUAUACUGCUCCUACAUUGGAAGCUGUGUGAAUUUAUUUUUAGCAAUGAGCCCUGCAGUACAUCAGUAUUCAAAUCUGUGCAAAUACACGAAUCUCAGUUUCUGAGGGAGAUGUAUUUUAAAGGUUCAAAGAAGAAUGUGCAUUUUGUUCUAGGGAAAAAACUGUUAAAAGUGUACUUUUGUUUUGACAAAUAUGUGCUUUGUGUAAAGAAAUUGUUAAAUGAUAUUAAAAGUUGCUUUAAAAGCAAAGGAUCUAAGACAUCCUGAUUCAAUUUCAUAUCCGAUUGUUCAGUAGAACAGGAAAGUUUAUUGAAUGAAAGGAGAAGCAAGAGCAUUUACAUGUACAGCC